UAAGCAAAACAUUUUGAAAUAUUGUUGCUUAAUAGUGGAUGGCUGUCUCCAGAUAAAACAAAGACAGCCUCCAUUAAUGCUAAUUGCAAUUUUUCUAGUAGUAAUCAAUAAUACUUGCCAUCUCCCUAGUGCUUCAUUAAUUAAUUAAAUUUUGUACUUCUAGCAUAUAAAAUACACAUCAAAGAUGGCGGAUACAAAUACAAUUAGGACCGUUGUAGGAAUUAUUGGUAAUGUCAUAUCUUUCUUUCUUUUCCUGUCCCCGGGGCCAACAUUUGUGAAAAUUGUGAAAGCAAAGUCGGUGAUGGAAUUCAAGGUGGAUCCUUAUGUAGCAACAAUACUAAAUUGUGCAGUGUGGGUGUUUUAUGGUAUGCCAUUUGUUCACCCAGACAGCGUUCUUAUUGUCACCAUUAACGGAUUUGGUCUGGCGAUUGAGCUCUUCUAUGUCGGCAUCUUCUUCAUCUACUCCGAUUGGGCUAAGCGCCGCAAGAUCAUAAUUGCUUUGAUUAUUGAAAUAAUCUUCAUGGUAAUCUUGAUCUCCAUUACACUAACAUGCCUCCAUGGCACCAAGGAUAGAUCCAUGCUUAUAGGAAUUGUGGCUAUAGUCUUCAACAUCAUCAUGUACACGUCACCACUGACCGUCAUGAAGAAGGUGAUCACCACCAAGAGUGUAAAAUACAUGCCAUUCUAUUUGUCACUAGCAAACUUUGCUAAUGGCAUUGUUUGGGCAAUCUAUGCGCUCCUCAAAUUCGAUAUCUAUGUCCUGAUACCCAAUGGACUGGGAUCAUUGUCUGGAUUAGUGCAGCUACUUCUCUUUGCAGCAUUUUACAGCACAACCAAUUGGAACGAGGAUGAAAAAGAAGUUGAACUCAGUGAGUCCAAGAAGGCAGAUGCUUAAUAAACAAAAAGGCAGAGACAAAUUAAAACUCCCACACUAAUUUUUUUUUUCGCAAGUGUGUGAAUAUACAUAUAUAUGGUGUGAUAAAGAGAAAAAAAUAAAAAAGUAUACGAUUUAACUUAGUUUAUUUUGGUCCAUAUACUUUAUGUUUUCACUUUAUUUCAUUGUACAGGAAGAGUUUUUUAAAUACCGACUGUGCUUAUUUACCAAAACUAUAUUGUAUGAGAUAUAUAUAUAUAUACACACUUGGCUACCAA